AUGAUAGAUUACAAAUCAAAAAUAGAAGACUCAGAAAUUCGCAUGAGUAGCCCAGACGAAGAAAAGAAACGAAUCUACGCAAAAGACUCUCUUGAUUUAACAGGAGAUUACUCACCAAGAGGGUCUAUUUCUUUUAGGACAGAUAUUUUAUGUCCAGAUUCUCCAGGCUGCCUUCCCUAUAUAAAAAUUGAGUUACCAUUACAGCAAUCUCAUGCAAGCAUUCUAAAUCUUUUAACAAAAAUAUCCUCAAAAAAAGGCUUUGAGGUGACUGAAAGAAGCCCAAGUGCUAUUACAGCAAUUCACACUCCGAAUAAUAGAUUUCAAAAAUUUUUAUGCUGCUGAUGGUUCAAAGAGAGUUCUAACGAAGAAACAUCUAUAGUAAGAAUAUUAAUUUGUAUGGAUGAAAGAAGAAAUAAAAGAAUUUUAGUCGCAAAAGGAAUGUCAGGUGAAGAGAAGCCAGUUUCCAGACUCUUGAAUUCUAUUGAAAAAUCAAUUGACAAAUUUUUAAGAACUCCUCAAAAGCAAAAUGAGACAUAUAAUAAAAUUGAAUUUGAUGAAGAAGAGGAAAGCACGAUGACUUGCAAAAAUGAAAGUUCGUCCUAUUGCUUAUUCCAUAAAAUCUUAUCAUCAGAAUCUUAUACUCUUGGAAAAUCUCUAAUUCCCCAUUUAAAUUUGAAAAAAAUUGAAGAAUUAAUUGUUUAAAUAAUAUUCUAUUUGAAAUAAAUUAAUUUAUACAAUUUGUAUUUUUAUCUAUGAAAUUUUCCUAUUGAAAAAAAAUAUUUUGUUCCAAUUUAAAGAGUUGCUAAAGUCCCCAAAAAAAAUAAAAAUUUUCGCCAAUUCAAAUGAGAGAGUAAGUCAAUUUAUUGAUUCCUUCAAAAGCCAAUAUAGGAACCCCAAUGAGUCAGCUUUACUAUUACCUCAACCAAUUGAAUCAAUAAAAUUGCAGGUAGAAGAAACAGUUGAUUCUCUUUUUUCUCAUUACAAUUACGGAAGAAGCAGCACCGAAAAAAUCAUGAUAUACUGCAGGCCAUCAGUAGAAAAAUAUAUCUAUUCCAAGCUAAUGCCUCACUUAUUGGAUAUUUAUAAUGUAAAAACAGAAGAGUUUGAGUCCAAGCUACAAAACACAAGGAGAGAAUGUGAAGGAGUAAGUGACAGCUCAAUAAUGGAAAGGUUAGAUAUCCCUACCAAGCUGCGAAUGGAAGACGAAAAAGAGCCUUAUUCUGAAGCAAUUUUACUAUUAAAUAAGUUGCAUCACUUUGGCACUCCUAUUGAAAAAUUGAACUGUCUUCUAAGUAUCAUUGAAUCAAUGAAAACUGAAGUAGUUGACUAUUGAAAAGGUGAAGUAGAAAUGGAAUAUACUGACGAAAUAAAAGUACUAAAGUUUCUAGCAAUCAAGAGCGAUUCCAUCGAUUUAAUGGGCCAAAUCCAUAUGCUGAUUGACUAUGUAGGCACUCGAUUUGACAAUGAGAAACGCAUUUUAUUGAAUUUUGAAGAAGCACUUCGAUUUUAA